AUGACUACCCAAUUACCGUAUGACGAUGAUGACAACGGUCUUUUCACGAAUAAGUCCACUAUGAUGGCUAACUUUGAAGAAUGGAUCAAAAUGGCCACGGACAACAAAAUCAACUCAAGAAACAGUUGGAAUUUCGCAUUAAUUGACUAUUUUCAUGACUUGAACGUGUUGAAAGAUGAGGAGGAUAAUAUUAAUUUCCAGAAGGCUUCGGCGACGUUAGACGGUUGUGUGAAAAUCUACUCUCAUAGAGUCGAUUCCGUCGCUACUGAAACAGGGAAGUUACUAAGUGGAUUGGCAGAACGGAAAGGGAGGCAAAUUAGAUCCAAUACAAACGGAGAGAACGAUGAUGGAGAUGAGGAAGAUGAUGACAGUCUAGAGGUAGAUCCUUUAACUGGUCUGCCGAUUGCCCGUGAUGACCCAGAGACUCUCGCGAAAAAAAAAAGGACGUACAAUAGAGUGUUAGAAACGACGUUAGUUGAUUUUGAAAGUAUACGACUGAAAGAUUUAGCACAAAACCUAAGUAUAGAUCCGUUGUUCAAGAAGGCACUCGCCGAUUUUGAUGAGGGUGGUGCGAAGAGCUUACUUAUAAACACGUUACAUGUUGAUGAAAAACUCCGAGUUGUUUUUGACGCAACAACGACUGAACCUGAACAAGAACAACCGCAACCAUUGGCCUCUACUGAAAGUCAAGUUCAGGAAGAAAAUAAUGAAGUCAGCGAAUCAGCAAAAGAGACCUCGGAGGUAUUUGGCUUGGAUUCAGAAAAGGGUUCAGCAAAUGAGGAAAAUGUAGAAUCAACCCCAGAUACAUCAGUCACAUUGCUAGAGGAUGAUAUAUUAGAUCUCGGUGUCAAAUUCUUAGAUUUUAAUACUAUUGAAACCUCAAUAUUGUGUCCAUCGAUGGAUCAGCUCCAAAGUGCAGUAGCGGAUAUUGGAAAAGCAAAGUCAUUUGUUGAAGGAGUGAAUGGCCAAUCUGAUAAAUUCUUGACAGAAAAAGAUCUAGAGACCCUUCCUGAACUCGAUGCGGAGGCAGAGUUCAACUACGAAAUGCCACCAGAGGAUGGUGAGGAUGUUGCUGUUGAUGCAGGUUCUAUGGACUACGUUGAGCCAGCGGAUAACAUUCACGAACCAGAAGAACAGCUGGCCCUAUCAAAUCAACAGAAUAUGUCACAAAUAGAUGACAAAUCGUAUGGCGAUGCGAGCGUACUCGAUCAAGAGUUACUAUCUUACUUUGACGCAGCGAUAGGUCAGAAUUGGAGGGGUAGAGAACACUGGAAGGUACGAAACAUCAAGGAUAAACUUAGCAAGGAGUCUGUGGCCAAACCACAGCAGCCAACUGAAGCCGAUGGGAAUCAUGAACCAGCAGUUGAAAAGAAGGUACCCAAAAAACAGUUUGAGAUUGAUUUCUUGGAUCUGAAUGAUAACAUUGAAGAAGAAAUAUUUGCAAAUAAAAAGGGGUUCAUUGAUCUAUCAGUGAAACAAAGAACAAAUGAUUCACAUUUCUUACUACCGGACGACUAUAAAUUCACAACGGAUAAAAUCACAAGGCUCUUCAUUAAGCCCGAGCAGAAGAUGAGUUUCUUUUCACACAGGAGGAUCAGUAAAGCCAGGUUACCUGGGUCCCUGAAAUUUGAUGAUACCGAAAUCAAAGAAGUGAGUAAUAUUCCGGAGAUUGCAGACGAACGCUUUUGGGCUGAAAACUAUCAACUGCAUGAAAGGGAAGAAGAGCACAAGCAAGAUGACACACAGAUAGAAAGAUCAACCAAUCCAUCGUUUGAAGAGGAUAACGGCAUUGACUUCAACCAAGCCUUCGAAGAUGAAGAUUUGGAUAUGGAUACAAAAGAAGAUUUCGUAAACACGCAAGGAUUAGUUGCAAAUAAUAAAAUGACCUACUCCAGAACCUCCAAAAAGGUAGAUGUGAGAAAAUUGAAGAAUAAUGUGUGGAAGUCAAUAUGGCAACGUUUACAUGUACUGAAGACAGACGAACAAAAUGGGGAAACUACUCGGAAUGAGGAAACUACUCAGAAUGAUAUCGAAUCAGAAGCACAUCUGACCGAAGAGAAGCAGGGAAAGCAGGAUAUAUCAGCAGAAAUAUCAACAAAAGCAGAGGGCUAUGACUUGAAAUUCACCGAUAUCGCUCACGAUAUCGUGAACAUGUACACUUCAAGUGCCAAAAAGGAUCUCUCAACCAGUUUCUGCUUUAUCUGCCUUCUUCACCUCGCUAAUGAGUAUGGAUUUACGAUUAACGACACUACAAACUACCAAGACUUGGACAUUCGGUUCCCUGAAAAGAUUGCAGACGCAAUUAUUGGCAAGGAGUAG